AUGAAUAAUAUAUUAGAAUUAAAAAAAAGAAUUGAUAAUAUUAUUAAUUCAAUUAAUAAUGGAAAUUAUAAUAAUUCAUUAGAAAUAUUAUUGGAUGAAUUGGAAUUAAUAAAUAUUGAUCGUAAUAUAUUACAGAAUACUAGAAUUGGUUCAUCAUUAACUAAAUUAUCAAAAUCUUUAUUACCAAUACAUAAAAUUACUUCACAACGUGUUAUUUCAAUUAUUAAUAAAUGGAAAUCACAAUUACGUAAUUCCGUUACGGUGACUGGUACAACAGCAAGUAAUGGACCUGAGGUUACUACUGAUAACCUAAGUACUACUAAUAGUACUACUACUACCCCUAACAGAGCUAACAGUACUAACACUACAGUUGUACCUGGUCCUGAGGAUAGUAGUAGUAAGGAUAUUGGUACCGUGGGAGCAAGCACCGUUACUGAGGGAAAGGGAGCUAAUUUUACAGCUAUGGAAUGUACUGGUGAGAAAAAUCCUAAUGAAAUUGCUGUUGUAACUAAAACUGGGGAGUCCAGUACUUUUUCUGAGGAUACUAAUAGUAAGGAUACUGAGGGAGUUAAUACUGAAGUUAAUAAUGAGGGAGCCCCUUUGGGGACUAACGAAGCCCCUUUGGGGACUAAGGGAGCCCCUUUAGAGGCUACUGGCACUCAUGGUCUGGGUGAGGAAGUUGCUGUUGGACCAGACACCGUAACGGGGAAUCCAAAAUAUAUGGGACCAUUACGUAAUAAUAUAUAUCGUGAUAAAGCAUUAAGAUAUUUAUUUGAUAGUUUUAUAAUAGGAAAAGAUUUUGAAAUAGAAAUGGAAGAAUUAACAGAGAAAAUAAAUUUGAUAGAAAAAUCAUUAUAUAAUUAUUAUAUAAUAGAAAAAAAUAAUCAAAAAGGAUAUAAUCAACAAUUAAAAUGUAUAGGAUUUAAUUUAAAAGAUAAUAAAAAUACAAUAUUUAAUUAUAAAUUAUAUAAUAAUAUUAUUUCUAUAAAUGAAUUAAUUCAUAUGUCUUCAUUACAAAUGGCAUCUGAUGAGAAAAAAUUACAACGUAAUGAAAUACUUGAACAAUCACUUGAAGCAUGUCAGUCUGAUUGGGAAAUCAAAAAUAUCUUCCUUAAUAAUAAAACUAAAGGACAAUUCAAAUGUAAUAAAUGUAAUUCCAAAAUCACUACUUAUUAUCAAUUACAAACCAGAUCAUCUGAUGAACCCAUGACUACAUUUGUAACUUGUCUUAAUUGUAAUAAUCGUUGGAAAUUCUAA